AAAAAAACCACCUCACCCCCUUUUCCAAAUUUCUUACAAGACUGCAGACAAUGCCCAAGGUCACUGGCAAGAAGAAGACCCGCCACGAUCCGCUGCUGGCGGAGCUGCAUGCAGACAAACAGCUCACGUCCAAGGGCCGCACCAAAUACGCAGAGCGCGAGCAGCGGCGCUUGCAAAAGGAGAACACGUCCGGGUAUGUGGACCCGAAGACAUCUCAGCGCAUUCUAAAGAUUGCUCGCGAGCAGCAGGAGGAGCUCGAUGAGGGAUCAGAUGCCAGCGACUACGAGGAUUUCCCCGAGGACGACGCGCGUGAUCUCGAGUCCGACGACGACGAGGUCCUGGAGGAGGAGGAUGAGGAGGUGUACGAGUAUGAGGAGGAGGAGCUUGAGGGCGAGGAUGCGGCGAUCUUUGAGAGGUUCAUGCCGGAAGCACCGCGCGAGCGGCAGAACCUGGCAGACAUGAUCAUGGCGAAGAUCAAGCAGCACGAGGAGGCCAAGACGGCGGGCACAGCUGCCAUGGAUGAGUCUGAGGCGCAGCGGCCGACGCCGCGGGGGCUGGACCCGAAGAUUGUGCAGGUGUACAGCAAGAUCGGCGAGCUUCUGAGCCGGUACCGGUCGGGCGCCGUGCCCAAGGCAUUCAAGAUCAUCUCGUCGAUCCGCAACUGGGAGGAGGUGCUGUAUCUGACGCAGCCGGAGAACUGGACGCCGCAGGCGACUUUCCAGGCGACGCGGCUGUUUGUGUCGAACAUGAAGCCGAAGCAGGCACAAAAGUUCCUGAACUUUGUUAUUCUCGACCGCGUGCGCGACGACAUUGCCGAGAACCGCAAGCUCAACUACCACCUGUACAUGGCGCUGAAGAAGGCGCUGUAUAAGCCGGCGGCGUUCUUCAAGGGCAUUUUGUUCCCGCUGUGCGAGUCCGGGUCAUGCACGCUGCGCGAGGCCGUGAUUAUCGGCUCUGUCCUGGUCAAGGUGUCGGUGCCGGUUCUGCACUCGGCUGCCGCGCUGCUGCACCUGGCGGAGAUGGACUACACGGGCCCUGCGUCGGUGUUUAUUCGCAUUCUGCUCGACAAAAAGUAUGCUCUGCCGUACAAGGUCGUUGACUCGCUGGUCUUCCACUUCCUGCGGUUCAAGCAGGAUAAGCGUGAGCUGCCGGUGCUCUGGCACCAGUCGUUCUUGGUGUUUGUGCAGCGGUACAAGGCGGAUCUGACGCCCGAGCAGAAGGAGGCGCUGCUGAGCGUGCUCAAGACGCAGUACCAUGAGGGCAUUUCCGAGGAGAUCCGCAGGGAGCUGCUCAACUCGGUGUGCCGUGGUGAGCUGCUGGUGGCACCUGAGGGCAUGGAUGUUGAGAUGCAAUAGAGCAUUUGUUUCUCGGGUUUCUGUUUUCUAAAUACUAGUUCAAGAUACAUC